GUGAGUGAUUAGUAAAUCUGCUUCCUGCUUUUUGAGAAGUUUAUUUGUGGAGGAUAAUUCUUAUUAGUAUGUUGCUUCUCGCGUGUGUUUUUAUACUUUUAAACGUUCUACGCGUUGGGGUAUGCACAGAAGCUGCGGCAAGAACAUUUGAGAUAGACUAUGAGCAAAAUUGCUUUCGGAAAAAUGGGGUGCCAUUUCGCUAUAUUUCAGGCAGCAUUCAUUAUUCCCGAGUUCCACGUUUUUACUGGAAGGAUCGCUUGCUGAAAAUGAGGAUGGCAGGAUUAGAUGCAAUUUACACGUAUGUACCUUGGAACUUUCAUGAGCAAACCCCUGGACUAUAUAAUUUUUCUGGAGAUCAUGACAUUGAAUCAUUUUUGCAACUAGCUAAUGAUGUUGGGCUGCUGGUUAUACUUAGAGCAGGUCCUUACAUUUGUGGAGAAUGGGAUAUGGGAGGCCUGCCUGCAUGGCUGUUGGCAAAAACAUCAAUUGUUCUGCGGACUUCUGAUCCAGAUUAUGUCCAGGCUGUGGAUAAUUGGAUGAGUGUGCUCUUACCCAAGAUUAAACCUUUGGUUUAUCAAAAUGGAGGUCCAAUUAUUUCUGUACAGGUUGAAAAUGAAUAUGGAAGCUAUUUCGCUUGUGACUACAAUUAUCUUCGGCAUCUUUUAAAAAGAUUUCGCCAACAUCUAGGAGAUGAAGUAGUUUUAUUUACAACUGAUGGUUCCGGACUCCCUUAUGUGAAGUGUGGUUCAGUCCAGGGUCUUUACACAACCAUUGAUUUUGGACCAGGGACAAAUGUCACAGCUGCAUUUCAAGUUCAAAGAUCAAGCGAACCUAAAGGACCUCUGGUUAAUUCAGAAUUCUACACAGGCUGGUUAGAUCAUUGGGGAGAACCACAUUCGGUGGUUGCAACAGAAAGGGUUGUGCGCACAUUGGAUGAAAUUCUUGCCCAUGGAGCAAACGUGAAUAUGUACAUGUUUAUUGGAGGAACCAAUUUUGGCUACUGGAAUGGGGCAAACACACCAUAUGAGCCACAGCCUACCAGCUAUGAUUAUGAUGCACCUUUAUCUGAAGCUGGUGAUCUUACUGAUAAAUAUUUUGCAAUCAGAGAUGUCAUUAAAAAGUAUAAACAGAUUCCAGAAGGACCUAUCCCACCAACAACUCCCAAAUUUGCCUAUGGAGAAGUAUACAUGGAGAAGGUGACAACGUUAGUUGAUGCUCUGAACAUACUCGCUAAGUAUGGUGCAAUAAAAAGUUUAUACCCUUUAACUUUUGACCAAAUUAAACAGUACUUUGGAUUUACUUUAUAUAGAACUGUAUUACCACAAAAUUGUGGUUACCCAACAUCACUGUCAACAAUAUUAAAUGGAGUACAUGACCGAGCUUAUGUCACAGUUGACAAGGUUCCUCAGGGGGUCCUUGAAAGGAACAAGCAGAUCUCUAUUAAUAUAACUGGCAUUAAAGGAGCAGAACUUGAUUUGUUAGUCGAAAGCAUGGGCAGAGUUAACUUUGGCAGAUUCAAUAAUGACUUUAAGGGUUUGAUUACCAACUUAACUCUCAAUGGAACAAUACUAGGUAACUGGACAAUAUACCCAUUGGACAUAGACAACGCUGUGAUCAAUGGACUUGUAUCAAAGAAACAUGAUUUUCAAUUAUCCAGCUACUCUCUGCCUACUUUUUUUAAAGGCAGUUUUUUUAUUCCUAGUGGCAUUCCAGAUUUACCCCAGGAUACAUUUGUGAAAUUCCCUGGGUGGACCAAGGGGCAAAUUUGGAUCAAUGGAUUUAACUUAGGACGUUAUUGGCCAGCUAGAGGUCCUCAGGUGACAUUAUAUGUUCCAAGACACAUUUUGACAACAUCCGCUGUAAAUAACAUUACUGUGCUGGAGUUAGAAAACUCCCCCUGCAAUACUGGAAAAUGUGUGGUGGAGUUUGUAGACAAGCCAAUCCUUGAUCAAAAGAUAAAGCAUGAAUUUGAGUUCAACAAAAACAAAUUUCAUUAAAUUGUCAUGCUAAAUAAAGUUUUACAUUUUUCAGUGAUAUCUAAGAUAUUGAAAAUAAAAUGCAAAUAAAAAUAUAUUUGCUUAUUAUUCAUUUUUACAGAAUAUGCCAAAUAUGUCUUGUUGGUAAAAUAUGUCUACAAUAAUAUAGUGUUGCUUAUACUGUUAAAAUGUGAGUUCAAUAUCAAAUUAAAGUUUUCCUAAACCUCA